AUGUAUACUCUACCCACUGCACCAUCUUUACAAUCUAUACCUGCCUUCUUAACUAAGUUAAAGCUGCUAGUAGACAAUGAAGAAACAAAUGACCUUAUAUACUGGGAUCCGCUUGGUGCAAGCUUUCAUAUACGUGACGGGAAUCGGCUAGCUAAAGAAUUAUUACCUCUGUACUUUAAACACAACAAUUUGUCAAGCUUUAUAAGACAGUUGAAUAUGUAUGGCUUUCGUAAGAUCAAUCGCGUAGACCCAACUUUACCCAUGAAAGCUGACACUGAAGAUAUGGAAUUUAGCCAUCCUUACUUUAUUCGUAAUAAAGAAAGCUUAUUGCCUCAAAUUCAUAGGAGAGCUUCAAAUAUGGGCUCUCCAGUGUUAAGUUCAAGAAAUCAGAAUUGGGGUGUAAGAAUACCCUAUACCCAAACCAAUCCAGGUGUUAAUGGCACAAUAAAUCUCUCAUCUCCACAAAGGCCAAUUACUGCAGCAGAUUUUAUGCGAUUAGCUGAAACAGUUCGACACUUACACUGUAAUCAAGAGAGUUUAACCCAACAAAUUAGUGUCUUAAAAUCAGAAAACCAGCUGUUGUAUCGUGAACUUUCAGACUUACGAGAACAUCAUGAUAAGCAGUCACAACUUAUUCAAACGCUUUUCACAUUCCUGUCAGCUUUUGCAAAAGAAGGAAGAUCAGCAAGCGUAUGUAUUGGGCAAUCCAAGCGGAAAGCUCUUCCUUCGAUUGCUUCAUCAAGUUCGAAAUUUCAAAAUAAAGGCUUGAAGCUGAAUCUUCCACAGGGUUUCCAACUUGACAGGAGUUCAGUUCAACCUUUUCAAUUUGUUCAAACUGCUGAUUUAAUUGGACCUGCGCAUAAACGUCCAAAAUUUGAUGUACGAACUCUGUCUGCAACAAUAGGCAAUGGGAAUACGAAUACAAAUAUGAACGGUCAAAUUUCUGACAUUGGUUCAGUUGUCCAGAUUUUGCCUACAAAUCUUCAACUGACUCCAGUAAGUCUACGCAGUGAUGGAAGGUAUGUAUACUCUUUAACUGGAUCAGCGCCUGAAUAUGGUGGAAAUACACAAAGUCUGGUUAACACUGUUCCUGGAAAAGUUCAAGAAGUGCCUAUAUACUAUGUCACAAAGCUGGAUAACAAUGGAGUAGUAUGCCAGGCCGGUGGAGAAGAGGUUCCUGCUAGUCUUCCCGCGGACAAUGUUAAUAAUGUUGGUGAAAAUGUUGACACAUCUAUUUUAGAAUUGAAUUGGCCGUGUAACAGAUCUGCAACGCCAUGUUCUCAAGCCGAUCCCAACACUCUGAGCGAUGUACUAUCCGCAAAGUUGAAUGCUGAAACAGACGAUAGUAUUUGUGAUUUAUUUUUAAAUUGUGAUUCACAAACCGACGCAGAAGUAAUGCCUGGUAGACAACAGUCUUUCACAGAGUCAUCUCCUUUGAAGUAUUCAAAGUUCGAUCUGAAUUCUGAUAAUUUAGGAAAUAAGAAAAAAACACAACGGAAUCGGUCUAAGGUUGUAGCAGGCACUCCAGAUUGUAUUUCUGCAUUUGCCGACAGUGAUUCUAGUUUUGUAUCUGCUAAUCUACAAGAUAUUGACAGCCUUCCGUGGGAAAAAGAUCAAGAGGGUGGUUUUGACUUCAGCUUGGAUGAAUGCACCAUCCCACUUGAGAACAACUCACCGCUGGGAAUUGAUCAAACGCAAACAGAAAAUUCAAAUAGUUCUUCGAGUGGUUUUAAUAUCAGUAGUGAAAUCGUCCCGUUAGAAGCUGCCGGUCUAAAAGCUUGCGAUGAUGUUUUUCAAUUUCUAAGAUCAGAAGGUCGCAGUAAAACCAGGUCAACAGCAGCAUUAACCACCAACACCACCACAACAACAACAUCAACGAAAACAACAGUUCCUGUUACAUCACCGGCAAACAAAACAGCUGAAGAGGAUAUAUUCGGUCUCGACUUGACAUUCAACCCAUCCGCACCGACUACAUGGAAAUCAAAACUUUCUGCUGACAAUCGGCUUACAAUAUCUGCUUAUCCUAAAGUGAAACGGAAAAGCAAGUCAUCAGAUUUAAAGUGUGUGUCUGGAUUCCAAAUGAUUUUACUAUCAUCAUGGUGUUGUUGGUUCAUAGCACAUAGAUAG